AUGGCUCCUGCUGCGAUGGCCUAUAAGGUGAUCGGCUACCCUCAUCUAAGCAUGGGCCUAGAACUCGGCGCCGUUUACACCACUGCCGAGCUCGAGCUUCGCUGCAAAGCGCCCGACCGGCGCCGGAAGCUUCAUGCGAAGCUCAGCAACCCGCAGCUUUUCCGUCCAGCGUCGCUGAAGUCUGCACUCUCGGCAAGAGGUUCGGCAAAGCGUAGCACACUGCCGGGCAAGGCAUCGCCGGUGUGGGUGAGGCCGCCGAAGCUGCAGCAGCCGAAGAAGGAUGACCAAGUAGGGCAGCGCCGUGCCAUCGCCGACCGCCUGGCCAAGUCUCUUCUUGAGCGCCGGCGGACGACGGAUGCCGACGUCCUCAAGGCCUUACAGGCCUGGGCUUUCCACGACAACCACGCCCGACAGAACGUGCGACGCAGAGGCAGCGCCCAGCCAGUCUUUAGUGACUCUUUGGGGCUCUCUCUCCGCCGGGAUGGCCGACUGGGCCUGACAUUGCUGAGCCGGCAGUAUGUCUCCUUCACGAAGCUCUUGUGCAAGUGGCUGAGGGAUACCAGGCCGAAAUGUAUGCCGGAGACGUUUCCAUGGACGUCCAUAUCGGUCAACUGCAACUACGCAGCCGCGAGACAUAGGGACAAGAACAACGCGGGGCCCUCCAUCAUCAGAGCCUUUUUUGAAGAUUCAUGGCACAUGGUGUUACGUUUGCUCAUGUUGAAGUUGAAGCUUUAG